ACUCGUGUUCCGGCCAGACCCUAAAACACGUUAGACGAACACUGAGACCUGCCGCCGCCGCCGAAGCCACGCCGGCCGCCUCCAUGAAAGGCCGCAGCAGCCACCGCGGGACCGCUCCCACCUCCGCCGCGGCCUCGACUUCCAGCAAGCGCGACCCCGAAGACGAGCCCGUCUCAGACUCCGAGGAAUCGGUCGACGAGGAGCAGGAUGUCUCCUCGUCGUUGGGGUCGGAUUCGGAGUCGGAGAACGACCAGUUAGCGGAGCGGGAGCGGAAGCUGGAGCGCGUGCUCGCCGACGUGCCCUUCGGCGAGCUGCAGCGCGCGCGUGCUGACGGGUCGCUCGCGGCGCGGGGUGUUUCUGCUGCCGCCGCGGCCCAGAAGAAGGCUCGCAGGGAGAGCAGGAAGAGGCCCAUGGAGAUUAGCACGAAUGUGCGGCCGCCUAGACUCAGGGAGGUGAUUCAGGUUCCCAAGAAGGUUGUAAGGGAUCCAAGAUUUGAACCUGUAUAUGGAGCUGUUGAUAAAGAAGGGUUCAGGAAAAGAUACAAUUUCUUAUUCGAUCAUGAUCUGCCUGCAGAAAAAGAGAAACUCCAAAAGUCGAUUAAGAAAUUGAAGGAUCCUAAUGCCAUUGAAGAAGCAAAGAAUCAAAUCACCUGGAUUGAUAAGCAGUUGAGGUCUAAUCCUCAGAAGAACGUUGAAUCAGAAAUUCUGCGUGGACAUAUUAAGAAAGAGAGGGAAGCAGCAAAGGCCGGAAAACGACCAUAUUAUCUGAAGAAAUCUGAAAUUCGUGAAAGGAAGUUGAUGGACAAGUACAAUGAGCUCAAGGAGACGGGAAAGCUUGAUUCCUUUAUGGAGAAGCGACGCAAGAAGAAUGCAUCCAAAGAUCAUCGCUUCAUGCCAUACCGAAGGGAUGGGGGUGGUGCAUAACAAUGCCCCUACAGCAGCUUUUCGGGUGAUUCUGGCUAGCCUAUCCUCUGCUCACAGAGUUGUUGUAGCAGCGCUCUCUACUAUCCUGUUGUUGCCCUAGUGUCCCAGAUAUUUAUCAGCAACCGCGAGUUGAAGCUAACCCAUGGACCAUAUAUUUAUUGUUGAGCUCUGGUUGCUGGCAGCAACAAGCAAUUGUAAACCCAAACCAUGGAGAUAAUAUUUUGUUUCAUCUACUGCUUCAAUUGAUGCCAGUCUUUCUGUGUAAUCAAGGAGUAAAGUACACUUGCUUGUUGCAACUGAACAAUA